AUGGCAAGAAGUAAGCAGACCGAGCGUCCCACAACCAACGCUGCACACGACCUGCUUGCUUCCAAGAUCGUGCCCGAAGAAGUGAGCCGACAAUUUAUCCAUAACGCAACAAAUUCUCCACUUUUCACAUUGCCACCCGAGCUGCGCAAUCGAAUAUGGCAGCCACUCUUCGGACGGUAUACCAUUCACAUCUGGAACCGCAACGCAGACUACAGACGUUACGAAUGUAUACACGAUGAGGACGAUGUCCAGGCUGCGACGGCGAUCAAGAACUUAGACCCGCCGGUCUCGACACUCGUCUACAGUAACCGCCACAACGACUGCUACAAUCACCACGGCAAACGCUUCAGCUACGAACUCGAGAUGCUUACCGUCUGCCGUCAGAUCCACCAAGAGACCGCUCUGAUGCCAUUCACCAACAGUGUGUUCUCAUUCGAGUCAGAUCCAUUCGAAUUCAUCGACCGCUUGAUUCUAGCACAGGCUUGCGCCAUCAAGUCUGCCGUGUUUGGAGAGGAGAUCCAACACCACGAGUUCGCGAGAUGGCUACUGCUUCUGUUGCCAAGCGUAGCUGGGUGGAAAGCAAGUUCAAAGGUUUGCGUGACGUAG